GUGGUGGCAGAGGCUUCGCUCUUUCUUCCAAGCUGCCAAAAAACACCAGAGCAGCUCAGGUCAGGGAGAGGUGGAGCAGCAGCAGCAGGAUGAUGGAGAGAAGAUGAAGGUGGCAUGGGCUGCAAGAAGUAGUGAUGACUACAUCUUCAGCCGUUACUCUGUGGGCGAUCAGCUGGGGAAAGGUGCAUUUGGUGUGGUGUAUGAAGGGAGACGCCUGGAGGAUGAUCUUAAAGUGGCUUUGAAAUACGUCCCAAAGACCGACAACACGGAAUGCAUAGCCAUUCCCGAUCAUCCAAACCCCCUUCCGAAAGAGAUUGCCCUCACCAUCCUGGCGAAUAAAGGCCGCAGAGUGCCAGAAAUUAUUCGCCUGCUGGACUGGACGGACCACCCUGACCACUUUGUCAUAGUCCUCGAAUGUCCCUCUCCCUGUGAAAAUCUAGUAGAGUUCAUCAGGCGUCACGGUGGAAGCCUCGACGAAGAAAAAGCACGGCAGAUCAUGUGGCAGGCGGUUAACGCGGCACACAUGUGCUGCCUCCGCGGAGUGCUCCACCGUGACGUCAAACUAGAGAACCUACUGAUAAACAGGGAGACAUCCGAAGUCAAGCUGAUUGACUUCGGAUGCGGGGACAUUCUGAGGAUGUCACCGUACAGGUCUUACCAAGGCACAGCAGAGUACUCACCUCCAGAGUACUACAGAAGGGGGGAGUACUGUGGCUGGCCAGCGACUGUCUGGUCACUAGGGAUUGUGAUGUUUGUGAUGUUAUGUGGACACUUCCCUAGUGACUUUGACCUGCACCUGCUGCAGCACAAGUGCUGGUCCAAACCUGGCCUGUCUAAAGAAUGCUGUGGCCUCCUCAGCGCUCUCCUGCAUGAGAAGCCAAUCCGGCGACUUGGCUUGGGGCAAAUCGUGGCCCACAACUGGUUUAUGGUCGUCUCAUAAGACCAGUCCAGUUGGCGUCUCUCAUGCAGCUUUGCGUCUUGCGGGCUGCAGCGGGAGACGCUUCCAUCCCUCCUCUCGUCUUUGCGUCUUGCUGGACGAGCAAGCCCUGGUAGCGUCUUGCGCCUUAGCUUGAGGAAGCAGUAUUUGCGUCUGGCGGUACUGCUUCCGGGGGGGAUGUGUACAUAUUGUAUAUAUAUGUACAUACUUCUUUUAGUUGCCCCUUUUUGUUUGUCCCAUCAUGACCACUCCAUUCCUGAGGUUCCUGUCACAGCAUGCCAGAGCUCUCAGUCUUCACCACCAUGAAGACGGAGCUCCCAUUCUCUGCCACAAUGCAAGCCAACUGCUAUGGCUGCUCCACACCUGUAAUAGGCACCCCAAUGGUGUCGUUGCCUCCUCAGAGGUUUGUGUAAAAGCCCAAGCCAG